GAUGAAGCAAACACGACAUCUAUAAAAGCCCACCUUCUCAUGAGCCAAGAGAUGAUAGCAAAUGCAGUUGCGCUGGCUCAUCGACCUCCUACAGCAAGUUAGAGACCAAGACCAGCAAGUCAUAUCAGAUCACACCGAGAAUCAUGUGCGACUACGACGAAUUUCGGUUUGAAUGCAAUCACUCUGUUUGUCGUUUAAAGUCUUACUGCCACUUCGCACGUAAUCACCCCCAUCAUAAAUGCCUAGGAGUCAAAAAGCUUCGGGAUUCUUGGCUUCAGGAGGGCGAGCUCUGCGAAACAUGCGUUAAAAACGGGUUUCGGUUAAUGAAUGGGAAGAUAUGGGCUCCUCCGCAACUGGAAUGAGGAGCUCUGGUGGUAGGAAGAGUCUGCUCGAAGAUAUGAAUGGUGCAGGAUUUGUUCGCAUUCAACGCUUUCAGAUUCGCAGCUCGUAGAGGUUGGUUGUCUGUCAUCUUGUUAUGGAAGCCAGGAUGCGCUAUUAGCGUACAGCCUCAGGAUAUGCCAUCGAAGUGGAUUAUGUGAAAAGAGCGCCUGGGUAGAGGUCCAACUGAAUUAACGCCUAUUGGGGUGUCCAGUGAAUUGCUUCAAGACGGAAGGCAAUUAUAUAUGAGACAGAUUCAUACAAUUGGUAACCGAGCCACAAAUCCACUGCAAAC